UAGAAAAACAAAGCCCCGGAUAAUAACAAAACUCAUAUUUUGCAUCUAACUGCACACUGAAAUCCGUAUAAAUGCAUCGAAAUCGAGCGUAGAGAUCGAUUCUCGGUGUUUUUCGUCGCUCUUUAAGGCCUUUCGGGCGAUGUUGUUUAUCUGUAGUAAAGGGGGGCUUGAAACCGCCCCACCUUGCCCCAUUUCCUCGGUUGUUUUCCUCCUCUCGCCUGGAUUCUCCAUGUUGUUGCUGCAAGAGUACGGACUUCGCAGCGUCGGGUUAGAGUGAGCUGCUCGGUCAUUAUUACCCGUAAUAGUAAUGGUAAACCCGAGACGACGGAGCUGACAGAGUCUCAAAUAGCCUCCCAAAGAAAAAACAUAUCCAAGUGCCUUUGCCCCCCUUUUCCCCGGGCGGCGAACCUCGGAGAGACGAAGAAGAAGAAGGAGAAGAAGCCGCGGCGGUGGGAAUAAAGAAACCCACGAACAAGGCAAAUCCCGAGGCGGAGGACACGUUACCUCGGUGAAUAAUUGAGUCUACUUGUCAAUAAAACCCAAUGAGGGAUGCCCAUCAGUGCUCGGGGACAGGAUUUGAGGAUUUUGAGGGCUCUGUGAUUGUCAGAUGGAAAGUUCUGUUAUCACCCAAGUGCAGAAAGAAGACGUGCAAGUGUCACCGAAAACAGGCCAGGUGAGCCGGUCUGCCUUGAAACAGCCUCGAAGUUGUAACAUCUUCAAGGCGCUCUUCUGCUGCCUUAAAGCUCAGGAUGACCCCAAACCACCAACACCACCGCCUUCCCAUCAGGCCCUGCUGGAGUCACAGGAAAAUGGGAUGGUUGUCAAGCAAUCAGAGUUUAGCCUCCUGCCUGAGAUAGAGGCCCAGGACCAAGGGAAGUUAUGUGUGGUCAUAGAUCUGGAUGAGACCCUGGUGCACAGCUCAUUCAAGCCUAUUAGUAAUGCAGACUUCAUCGUUCCUGUGGAGAUAGAGGGGACCACACACCAGGUGUAUGUGAUGAAGAGGCCGUAUGUGGACGAGUUCCUGCAGAGGAUGGGAGAGCUGUUUGAAUGUGUGCUGUUUACAGCCAGUCUCGCAAAGUAUGCGGACCCAGUGACGGACCUGCUGGAUCAGUGUGGUGUGUUCAGGACCCGGUUAUUCCGGGAGUCUUGUGUAUUCCACCAGGGCUGCUAUGUCAAAGAUUUGAGCCGCCUGGGCAGAGACCUCAACAAAACCCUCAUCCUGGAUAACUCCCCCGCCUCCUACAUCUUCCACCCUAAUAAUGCUGUUCCUGUGGUGUCAUGGUUUGAUGACAUGGACGACGCUGAGCUGCUCAACCUUCUGCCUGUGUUUGAGGAACUCAGUCAGGCUGAGGAUGUUUACACGCAGCUGGACCUGCUCCGUGGACAUUAAGCUCUCCGAGGACCUCUCCUGCUAAGACCUCCAGCCUGAAGCUCCUUCAACUACAAUAAAACCGUGUUUUGACAAUAGAUAGUUUUCAGACAUUGUUCUCCUUGCCUCUGCACAAAAUAUUCUGCUUAUAAAAUGUGUGUUAGCCAGGGGGUUAAGGAAAUACCAAGCUUGUAAAACACAAUGUGUUUGGCGCAGCUGAAACUAAAGAUAGCAUUCUGAGGCCUUUCCUCCGAACCUCAGUGCUGACAUUAUUGACAACCACUAUUUGAAAGCGGGAAACAACAACCAAAGCAAUCCCAUCACAAUCUCUCCAGUUAGAAUAUCAAAGUGGUUAUUUUGCCAAAGCAGAAGCCUGCCUGCUCUGACUUGACUUUUGGACAUUGUUUUGUUUUAAGUCUUGUGCCUUUUUAAGGAAGAAAAAAAACAUCAGCUCUUUUUUGAAAUUUACACCAGAUUUUAUACAUUUAUGGAUUUCUUUUAAUAGGUUGUUUUAUAAGGAAAUCUAUUUUUAAACAUGGUUCCUCUAUGCAACCCACUUUUGUGAUUACAUGGACAGUACCUCGUAAGUAGCCAGUCAAUAAUUGCAUUAAGCAGAUGUAAACAUUACUGUAGCCUUAUUUACCUGUAAAUGAGCAGCGAAACAAAAGUGUAUUUUACCUAUUUGUACUAUAAAACCAUGCAAAUAUACAUCAUGUGUGAAUUAUAUCUGACAUAAGUUAAGUAAACAGGGUGAACUCUUGUCUUUGAUGGCAGACACACUGGAAUAUGUUGGCACAUAGGACGACAACAAAUGCCACAAGUUUUCAUUAAGAUUCAUUUGUUACUAUGUUUUUCAUUUAUUAUUAUAUGACAAACAACUUGCACUUGUUUAUAUUGACAGUGCUGAAAGUAAAAACUGUGCCUUUUCAAAAAACAAUCGGACAGAGAAUUGUGUUCUGCCUGAAAAGAGAUUUGUGGGCCUACACACUCUGAUGUGUCAUGCUGAGCGUGAGAAAACACUGUCGAGAGCAAGUGUAAUGCCAUGGGGGCUGUGGUACUUGCAGUGCAACACUUGAAAAUAUCAAAUUUGAUUUUUUUAGCAUGUGUGAGUGUUUUUUCUAUAUUUAUUGGCCAAAAAUCUGUAUUGUCCAGUAUAAUGCUUCACAUUUUAUAUUGAAAUCUGUUUGCCUACUUUGAGGCUGACCUUGUGUUUUUAUCCGUGCCUAAAUAACACACUUUUUGCUGUCAAAAUUCAUAGAUAAUACAAAUACUCAAACAGUUAAAUCAAACAAACCAAUACAUAUAAAUGCAAGUUUCAAUCAUGCCUGAAAAUGUUUUUUUUUUUUUCAUUUUUAGUUCAGUACAACAUAUUUUGUGGGGUUACGUUUCCUGGGUAAUGUGGUUUUUCUAUGAUGUUUAUUGUCUGAUGCAAUUAUUGCCUGCAUGUUAGAAACUAAAAGAUGAUAAUGAAUUUGUACCAGUUGUGAUGACCAAAAGUAUUUGUUUUAGAAAGUCACAAUUUGUCUUUGUGUAUCAGAAAAAAAUCCAACUCUCAUUUUGUCUACCUGAUCUGACCAAAACUCUAACAGAUAAGGUGCUACCAGUUUUUAUAUUUAAAUAAAAAUUGGUUAUAUUA